GAACCGAGCAAGCCAUCACGCACUCUCUCUGUUUGGCAGCAGCAAUGGCGUUGCUGCCAUUACCCACUCACACGGACCCAUUCUUCCAAUCCCAAUAUGCAAACCUGCCCAGCUCUCACGUCCUCUACGGCCUGAAACCCCUGUUUCUACAGAACAAAAACCUCAGAUUUUCUCAGAACCUUUUCACCGUUUCUGCUUUCCAGAAUCUCUCCCCAUUUUCGCACCCUAAACCCUUUUCCAAGGUUCCUCCGUCGCGUUCUGAAACUCUGAAGCUUCAUCCAGCUUUGCUUCAGCUUGCUGCCUCUGCUAUAAUCUUCGUGAGCUUUGCUGCCAGGGCCUGUACGAGCAACCCUGGACAGAUUCCCACCGUAAUAGCUCCCGUUUCCAAGGCAGUGCAAGAGGAGAGGAUUGGAGGAAAAGUCCAUGAUGGGGAUGACUCCGUUGAGCCGAAUUCAGAUUCUUUUAUAACAGAUAACCAUGACGUGGGAAAGUCCGAUGUUCUGGGAAACAUACAAGAUAAGGAGUUGAAAGUCGCAUUAGAAAGUUGGAAGUCUAAGACAUAUGCCUUGACUGUCCCUCUAAGAGUGGUUGCUCUCCGUGGCUCUGUUCCUCCUUCAUGGCUCAAGGAAUUUAUACGAGCACAAGGGACACGAUUAAGGUUAAGUUUGGAGUUCCGUGGUAAUCUUGUGGAUAUAUUCUCUGAUCUCUCUGUGGCUUCGACCAAAGGAAACCUUGAGCCAAAAUCUGCCAUGGCAGCUGAUAUCAUUACUGUUGGCGACUCCUGGCUCAGUUUGGCCAUUAAAAAAUGUUUAAUUGAACCAAUAAAAAACAUUGAAGGCCAAGAUUGUUUCAAGUGUUUAAGUGACAAAUGGAAGGUUUAUUUACGCAGAAACAAUAAUGGAGAAUUAUAUUCUGGAGGGGAAAUUUGGGCAGUUCCAUAUCGGUGGGGAAGCAUGGUGAUAGCAUACAAGAAAAGCAAAUUUCAAAAGCAUAAUCUGGCACCAAUAGAGGACUGGAGAGAUUUAUGGAGGCCAGAGCUUGCAGGGAAGAUUUCAAUGGUGGAUUCUCCAAGAGAGGUUGUUGGUGCAGUUUUGAAAUACAUGGGAGCCUCAUACAACACGAAAGACAUAGAAUCCCAAGUUACUGGUGGCAGGAAAACUGUUAUGCAGAAUUUGGCAUUGCUUCAAAAACAGGUCCGAAUUUUUGAUAGCGCAUAUUACCUAAAGGCUUUUGGAGUGGGAGAUGUUUGGGUUGCUGUUGGAUGGAGCAGCGAUAUCCUUCCUGCUGCCAAGAGGAUGUCAAAUGUUGCGGUUAUCAUUCCCAAGUCUGGAGCUAGUUUGUGGGCAGAUCUAUGGGCAAUUCCUUCUGCAUCUAGAUUUUCUACAGAUCGAAUUGGUGGGCGAGUUAGAGGUCCUUCCCCAUUAAUCUACCAAUGGAUGGAAUUUUGUUUGCAAGUUGCAAGAGCAUUACCUUUCAAACAGGAAGUAGUCCCAGGUGCAUCUCCCAUUGCCCCUGAAGAACCUUCAUGUGAAGCAUCUCAAGAGUUAACUAGGGGACCAAAGCUUGAUACAAAUCUCAUUGCUGGGGUACCUCCACCCGAAAUAUUAUCCAGGUGUGAGUUUCUGGAGCCAUUGACAGAAGCUACAUUAUCAGAUUACCAGUGGCUGAUUGCAAGCAUGAAGAAACCUGUUCGUGGUGUCAAAGACACUCUGCAACAUUAUACCUCAUCAAUGGCUAAUUCCUUUACGAGGAAGCCAGAAGAAAGAUAAUCUAAGCAGAUGCGCUUCUGAAGCUUAGUCUGGCUUUAGCCUGCCACAAAGUUUGUAGAGAAUCUUCAAGUUUGGUGCAAACCAUAAUCUUUUAAUGGGUUCCAUCACAGGCCAUUAUUAGAAGCAGAAGAAUGAGACUUUGACAGUUUGAUCACAUUUCACUUGUGUAAAUGAUCGUAUUUGUUGUAGUAAUGGAAUCUCUUGGUUGUAAAAUUAUAUUAUCAACAAAUAUGGGUGGUAAUUGUUUCUUCCAACUCUCUCUCUCUCUUGCG